AUGUUCACUCGCGCUUCCAACAAACAGGCUCCUCACCCUCUGGACCCAUUGAGGCCUGGAGAGGUGCAGGCUGCAUCGCGAACCCUUCUGAAGCACGUUGGAUGUCCCGCAGAGGAGCUGAGGUUCAAGGUGAUCGACCUUGCCGAACCAGCCAAAGUUCAAACACUUCAGCACCUUCGUGGCAAAGCACCAGUGCCCGACCGCAGGGCCAGGGUCUACUAUCAUCUCAAGGGCAGCCAGUCUCUCUUGAUCGCAAUUGUCAACAUCUCAAAAAGCCGGGUAGAGAAGGAAACAGAGGCCCCAGACUCUCAAGGCCCUGUUGACUGGCACGAAUUCGAACUCGUCAACAAGGCCUGCAACGACCACCCUGAAGUUCAGGCUGAAGUCGCUAAGCUCAAGCUUCCUCGCAACGCUCGAGUUCACAACGACCCUUGGGCUUUCGGAACAGACGAUCCCAACGAACGACGACGGCUAUUCCAAUGCUACAUGUACAUCGCCUUGAGCGAUGACCCUGAGGCCAACCACUACUCGCUUCCCAUUCCUCUUGCCCCGAUCUUCGAUGCGCAUACCUUAGAGCUUGUGGAGCUGCAACGACUUCCGAUGGGCACCGGCGAUGAGCUAGAUCCUGAGACUCAACCAUGGGAGCCUGUGAUUCCUGUAGAGUACAGCGCAAACAUCAUGGGUGAUGACGCCUUCCGAAAGGAUCUCAAGCCGCUACAGGUUGUCCAGCCAGAGGGGCCCUCGUUUCAGAUCUUCGGACGUCGCGUUGAGUGGCAGAAAUGGUCUUUCCAGCUGGGUUGGACACUCCGUGAAGGCCCUGUUCUCCACGAUGUGCAGUACGACAGCCGUCCGCUCUUCUACAGAGUCUCUAUGAGUGAGAUGACUGUUCCUUAUGGUGAUCCCCGUUCUCCAUACCACCGAAAGCAAGCCUUCGACUUGGGUGACUCUGGCUUUGGCUUGACCUCCAAUAGUCUUAGCCUCGGCUGUGAUUGUCUUGGUCAUAUCACCUACUUCAGUGGUGUACGAGUGACCAGGGACGGAGAGCCCGUUGUGAUGCCUAAUGUUGUUUGUAUGCAUGAGAUCGAUGAUGGCAUUGGAUGGAAGCACACAAACUUCCGAAACUUCAAGUCUUCGGUCGUGAGAAACAGGCAGCUCGUCAUCCAAUGUACAGCAACCGUUGCCAACUACGAGUACAUCCUAGCCUUUGUCCUGGAUCAGGCUGCUAAUAUUCACAUUGAAGUCCGGGCUACUGGCAUCGUCUCUACGAUGCCUAUCCGCCAAGGACUCCAAGUGCCUUGGGGGACUGUUGUUGCUCCUGGUGUCUUAGCGGUCAACCAUCAGCAUAUCUUCUGUGCCAGAGUUGAUGCUAACCUUGACGGCGAUGAGAAGAAUACAAUCGCAUAUGACGAAUGCCAUCCUGUUAUUGAGGACCCAGAGAUUGAUCCUUAUGGCUGUGCUUUUAAGGUCAAUUCGACAGCGAUCAACAAGCCGGGUGGAUACGAGCUGGAUAUCACAAAGAAUCGCACCUAUAAGAUUAUUAAUGAAUCUCGUAUUAACUCAGUAUCUGGAAAACCCCAUGGAUACAAACUACACCCUGUUCCUAGCCAAAUGCUUAUGAUGGGACCCAAGACGUUCAACUAUCGUCGCGGAAUCUUUACCUCUAAAGCUAUUUGGGUUACCAAAUAUAAGGACGACGAGCUGUGGGCCUCAGGAGAGUUUACAAACCAAAGCCGAGAGGAUACUGGCCUUGCUAUCUGGAGCUCCCGUGAAGAGAACGUAAAAAACGAGGAUGUUGUCUUGUGGCACUCAUUCGGAGUGACACACGUCACUCGACCCGAGGAUUUCCCCGUUAUGCCGGUUGAGAAGUUUACUAUGUCGCUAAAGCCAGCCAACUUUUUCGAGGUGAAUCCUUCCAAUGAUGUUCCUCGAUCCAACCAGAGCCAGAACAAGUCAACCUUGCACAUCGUACCACACGAGACGUGCUGCCGCCCUUCUCAUCUCUAA